CGCGCGCGCCGCCGCCGCCGCCGCUGCCGCCGCCGAGCUGGGCCGGAGUCGCGGGUCGCGGGGCUGGAAGGUGAUGGCCCGGACGGAGGGCCGUGAGGCCGCGGCUCCCGCUCUUCCUGCCAUCGCCGCCGGCGCCUCUCUCUGCUCAUCGUCAUGAGAAGACGGAGACCUGAAGCAAAGAAAAACGUAUUCAAGGGUCAUGCAAGCCGACUGUAGCCAAUUGCAAAGAGCUGCAGGCAGUGAGGCUGCCUCAGCCUCCCAGAGUGUCCACACAAGAUUGACAGAAGGUUCUGGUCUUCAUUCUGGAGAUGUGCAUAUCCAGGUUGACUCCACACCUAAAGAAGGUGCUGAAAAUCUAAACUCCAGAAGUACAAGGUCAGGUGGCCAUAGCUGCACCCAGGGAUGUGUACAGAGUCAUGCACAGAAUCAAUUCCGUAACCAAGCAAGGCAGCCUGGUGAUACUUCUAUGGAGUCUGGAGAUCAUGGCAGUAGCUCCUACUCCGAAUUCCGAUAUCUCUUCAAGUGGCUGCAACAGAGUCUUCCAUUUAUUUUGAUUCUGAGUGUCAAACUUGUUGUGCAGCAUAUAACAGGAAUUUCUCUUGGAAUUGGACUGCUUACAACUUUUAUAUAUGCAGACAACAGUAUUGUAAAUCAGGUUUUUCUAAGAGAAAGGUGCUCAAAGAUUCAGUGUGCUUGGUUACUGGUAUUCUUAGCAGGAUCUUCUGCUCUUUUAUAUUACACCUUUCAUUCUCAGUCACUUUAUCUCAGCUUAAUUUUUUUAAAUCCUACUUUGGACUAUUCGAGCUUCUGGGAAGUACUUUGGAUUGUUGGAAUUACAGACUUCAUCCUGAAAUUCCUCUGCAUGAGCUUAAAAUGCCUUGUUUUAUUGGUGCCUUCUUUCAUCAUACCUUUUAAAUCCAAGGGUUACUGGUACAUGCUUUUAGAAGAAUUCUGUCAGUAUUACCGAACAUUUGUUCCCUUACCAGUUUGGUUUCGUUACCUUAUAAGCUAUGGGGAGUUUGGUAAUAUAACUAGGAUUCUUGGAAUAUUGCUGGCUUUACUCUACCUCAUACUAAAACUUUUGGAAUUUUUUGACCAUCUAAGAAAUUUCAGACAGGUUUUGAGAAAAUUUUUUACACGACCAACUUAUGGAGUGGCUGCCAGCAAGAGACAGUGUUCAGAUGUGGAUGAUAUUUGUUCAAUAUGUCAAGCUGAAUUUCAAAAGCCAAUUCUUCUCAUCUGUCAGCAUAUAUUUUGUGAAGAGUGCAUUACCUUAUGGUUUAACAGAGAGAAAACAUGUCCGCUGUGCAGAACUGUGAUUUUAGACCAUAUAAACAGAUGGAAAGAUGGAGCCACUUCAUCAGACUUCCAAAUAUAUUAAGUUGUAUAAACUGUUAAAGCCACAAAAACACUUAGUUGUUAUAGUCCAGUUUAUCAAGAUUGUUCAACCUAAUGCAUAUGAGACAUUUAUUCUAUCCUAAUCAUUUGACAGAUGAUUGCAGUGUUAAAUUAUGUUUUCUUGUUAAUGUUACCAAAAAAGCAAUUGGAUAACUAGAACUAUAGAGAAACUAUAAGAACUAUAGAGAAACUCAGGUAUUUUUUCCUGACAUUGUUUUCAAAAUAAAUAAUAUUUUUAAUAUUUUAAGAUACACUUUAUCUGAAAGUAGAAUUUUCUUUUGUAUUGACUUCUAUAUUUCCAAUUAUAAAAAUUCUUAAAAUUUUCAUAAAAGUUGUAUUUUUAAAUGAACAUUCUAAAUGCUAUAUUUUACCUGUAACAGAUUUUGUAAGUGAAGAUUUACUGAGGAUGAUAUAUUUUAAUAUUGUUGUAUUCUCUAUAGUACGAUUAGCAAUCAAUGAGAAUACAUGAUUUAAAUGUAUUGUUUGUUGACCUUAUAUAUACAAUCCUGCCAUCGGUUUUAAUGUUUGUGAUCUUGCUUUUUGUAUAGUGCCAUGGACUAUCUUGAAGUACCUAUUAAAAUAAUUCACAUAGCUACAA